UGCACGACGCAGGCGUCUUGACAAUAGUUAUGACAAUUCUUUUUGAGCAAAAUGUCGGAUGUUAACGUUGUAUUAUAAAACGCACCUCGCGUGAGACUAUGUUCAAACAGGCCAACUAGCUGAGGCAAUUAAGCUUUAAAUUGCGGUAUUGAGUUUAGUGUUCACACACACGUCAACUGCCCAAUUAGCGAUACGAAAUCAGCUGUUGGAUUAACUACUGUUGGGAACUCCUACCAAAUUCAAUUUCUAAUUUAUUGUAAUUCCAAUUUCAUGUAUGCUCACAUCCACAUACUUAUGUUUAUGAAUUCCAAUAUUUGCUAUUUACUUGCUUGUAUAUAUGUAUAUAUGUAUGUAUUUCAAAUUGUCAUUCCUGUGUACAUAUUUACGUUUACCGCUUUUACUGCUUACUUAUUCACAUGUAUAAUUUGUUUUUGUUAAUUUCCCGUACUGCGGCAUUUGCAUUUUUGUCGCGCACUUCUGUAAACGCAUUUGAAUUUGCUAGUUGCUAUGUAUAUAUGUAAUUCGCUUAGUUAUGUAUAUAUGUACGCACUCCUUUGGGCUUUGAUUUUGUGCCUUUACCGCAAUGUGUCAAUCGCCUUUUCACUGGUGCGCUUGCUCGUCAUAGUUUGGCAAGUCAUUCGCUCAAACUCAAAUCUCAAUUCAGUCGUCGACAAAGGAGAAAAGGUGAAGGACACACUGCGGUAAACAAUAUUUUUAAUUUAUACAACAUUCAUAUAUGUAUAAGUAACUUUGUAUUUUUUCCUAGAAAUAACUUGCGUUAAAUUCGCCAGCGAGCCGACGACAAACCUUUAUUUCGCAGUGAAAUAUUAAUUUCACUAUGAAAUCGCCGUUUUAAAUACGACAUUCUAACAUUUUUGGAGAUUUUCGCAAUCAUCGCAUGCGUAACAAGCAUCGUAUGCAUUUUUCGUUUUGCAUUCGUAUGAACAUACGUACAUACAAUUGCAAUAGCCGCUCCAGUUGCAAAUAUUUGUAUGUGUGACUGUAAGGCCGUUUCUUACAUUUUGCCAUCCCAGACGGAAAUUUUCACCAUUAAAUCAAUUACGUCCCGGGUGAAAAUUUAACGUUUACGACUUUGAAAGUAUUUUUAGUUUGCCGUUCCGAAUAAAAUUGCCAUACCACUGCGGUACUAUUUAAUUGUAUUUUUUCACGUUGAUUGUUUAAGUUUCCCGCCGACAUCCACCAGUAGUCAUCGAUAUGUUUCCACGUUCACCACUUUCGAAAAGCAAGACAUCUGUGCCGAUCUCCGAGGCGUCCAAGACUACAUCGGGUACCAAUGCUGUUGCCAAUAUUGAUUUGCCGGUCGCUCCCAUUGCCGAAGGAGUUACCACCCGUGCUUCAUCAGCUGCCGUCGCACGCCAGGAAGCGAUGUUUCAGGAAAUGCAGGCGCGUACAGCCAUGCUUGAAAGCAGCCUGAAAGUCGCCCAACACAAACUAAACGAGCACGAAUCUGCCAGUCACGCCCAAAACAAAGAGGUGCCAAGCAUAGCCAGUGUACCCAGCGACAGACCAGCCGACGGAGCAGCCUGUCCGUCAACAAGGCUACCAACGUCGCACCCACCGUUUUUGGAGUUGCAACCGCCGAUAGCCACCAGCGCCGUUAUUAAUGUAAGUACUGUACCGUUGCGGUCAUUAAACGCUACACGUUAUUCGCCGUAUACCACUAUUCGUUACUCGCCACUUCUGUAUACAUCUGCCGCAGCUGUUUCAACUGUUGGAACAGCAACGAACAACAUGUACACCAGCUCAGUCUUGCCUCCUCAUGACCCAGCCUUUUACAAUUUCUCGUCAGCGGCACCAAUUCCUGCCAACAUGGGUUCCAUACAGCCACAGAUGUCAUGCCAGUCGAGAAAAUUGCAAGAUUUACCGGAGUUUUGUGGGAAGCCGGAAGAAUGGCCGAUAUUUUUUACCGCCUUCACCGAGUCAACUGCAGUUUAUGGCUACAGUUAUUUUGAAAAUAACCUACGAUUACAGAAAUGCUUGAAAGGUGAGGUGCGAGAAACGAUUAAAUCGCUACUCAUCCACCCAAAUAACGUGAACAUUAUCAUCGAGCAGCUUAAGUUCCGAUUUGGUCGCCCGGAGCAAUUAAUUCGCAGCCAACUAGCCCAGGUGCGAGAAAUCGCACCGAUAUCUGAAGGUUCAAUGACAAAGUUGAUACCAUUUGCCACGAAGGUUAACAACGUUUGUGCAUUUCUACAUUCCGCUUACGGAGGAGACCAGCAUAUCGCGAACCCAACGCUGUUCGAUGAACUCAUAGCGAAACUACCCAUGAGUAAGCGUAUUGAAUGGGCAGUUUUCGCUGCAUCCUUGCAUCCGUAUGCGACAGUCACACAUUUCAGUGAGUGGCUUACUAAAUUAGCUAAUGUUAUUUGCACGGUGUACGAUGGGGAUGCAACGCGAGACUCCAAACGCCGAGUUGUGUUGCACGCCGCCGAAUCACAACGCAAACCAAGGUGCCCAACAUGCCAAGGCCAACAUAAGUUAGCCGAGUGUAAGCAGUUCAGCGAACUUUUAGUGUCAAAGAGGUGGGCGGAAGUAAAACGAUGUCAUCUUUGUUUUGCGUGUCUCAAUGUUGGACAUGGAACGCGCAAUUUCCAACAGCGCAAACCGAAUGCCACAGACGGGUGUAAAAGGAUGCACCAUAAAUUGCUGCACGAAGCAGAAAAUAGUUGCGUAAAUUCGCCAAUUCAGUCAACGCUUCCUCAAGAACGCGUCAGGCGCCUUCCCACAUCGGAGCAGCGCAAAGGUUCUAACAUACUAACACAACCAGCGAUACAUAGCCAACAGCAAAAUUAUACAGGAGCAGCUGUUCUUAGUUGCAGCAAUGGCACUGCUGUUAAUAAGAUCCUAUUUCGUAUUCUGCCCGUCGUGCUUUACGCGAACCAGAAAUGCGUCGAAACGUAUGCGCCCUUUGAGCUUGGGCUACACGGUCGAAAUCAGCGCCUGAAUUUACAAUGGUUCGGAGGACGAGCAGGUCAGGAGCCAGCCGUCGCAGUGGAUUUGCUCAUAAGUGGUGCCGGCAUGCAAAAGAAGCACAAGUUACGAAACGUAUAUGGUGUAUCAAACUUACAAUAGCCUUCUCAAAGCCUGAACGUUACUGACAUAAGCUGCCGCGACACAUACCUAGAAAAACUGUCAGUACAACCAUAUGCGCAUGUAAAGCCAAAACUUUUAAUUGGGAUCGACCACAGCCACCUUGGUCUGUCAUCGGCCACUGUGAAGGUGAAUAAGAAUGGCCCGUUCGCUGCUAAUACUGAGCUAGGGUGGGUGGUAUUUGGCCCAACAACCAACACACAUGAGUCGGUACCAUCCUGCUUAUUCACCAGUUCCCACACUGACCUGUCAUUACAUAACGCGGUGGCUGAUUACUUUGAUACAGAGAACUUUGGAAUCAGGGCUGCCCCUCCAAUCGAGAGCGAUUCUGAUAUUCGUGCUCGAGAAAUCCUGAGGUCUACGACAUGUCUACCAGAAGAGGCCGCUUUGUUCUGCGCCAGGACAUUGUACUUGCCACACUUCGCCGUCACAAACCCUAACAAGCCAGGCAAACUACGUAUGGUGUUCGGCGCUGCCGCUGAGGUGGACGGUGUGUCCCUCAACUCACAGCUGCUUAUGGGUCCACAAGAGUAUCGGCCCUUGCCUGCCAUACUAUUCCAUUUUCGUGAAAGUGCAAUCGGCGUGUGUGGGGACAUCAAGGAGAUGUUCCACCAGGUAUUGAUUCAGCGUGACGACAGGUGAGGUGUGCUCAGCGCU